AAAGAAAGAAAGAAGGGGAAAAGUUUUCUCCAUUAUUUUUUUAUGUUAUUUUUAGAGAGAGACAGAGAAACAAGAAAUAUACGAAGAAAAAUCCCUGUUGCUGCAAUACACAACAGCAGAAGAAUAAUUGUUUUUCUCUCUCUGAAAUUUUAAUGGAGAAAAAUAAGAUGAUGAUUCUCCUCCCUUUCUUACUUCUUUCGGUAUUGGUAUCUCUAACAGAUGCAUCAACGUUUAGUAACGUUUCGACCAUUUCGUUUGACGAAGGAUAUGUUCCUCUUUUUGGUGAUUUCAAUCUCCUUCGUGCACCUGAUGGAAAUUCUGUUCGUCUUGUUUUAGACCGUUACACUGGUUCUGGUUUUAUCUCAUCGAGUUUGUAUAACCAUGGAUUAUUCAGUGCCAAAAUCAAAUUGCCUUCUGAUUACACUGCAGGAGUUGUCGUCGCCUUCUACACAUCGAACGGAGACGUUUUUGAGAAGAAUCACGACGAAUUAGAUUUCGAGUUCUUGGGAAACAUUGAUGGAAAACCAUGGAGAUUCCAGACUAACGUUUACGGUAACGGAAGCACAAACCGUGGUAGAGAAGAGAGAUACAACUUAUGGUUUGAUCCUACCCGUGAUUUUCACAGAUACAGCAUUCUAUGGACUGCCAAGCACAUUAUCUUUUAUGUCGAUGAUGUUCCAAUCAGAGAAGUAGUACGUAACGAAGAGAUGGGAGGAGACUACCCAGCCAAACCCAUGGCAUUAUAUGCAACAAUAUGGGAUGCAUCAACUUGGGCUACACAGGGUGGAAAAUACAAAGUCGAUUAUAAAUACGCUCCUUUCGUAUCAGAGUUCAAAGACCUAGUCCUCCAUGGUUGUGCAGUUGAUCCUAUCCAGCAAGUAUCUUCACAAGGUUGUUCUGAAACAAAAGCCGAUUUAGAGAGUGCGGACUACGCAGUUAUUACUCCUGACCAGCGCGCGGCCAUGAGCAAUUUUAGACAAAAGUAUAUGUACUACUCGUACUGCUACGAUACAUUGAGAUACUCCACCCCUCCACCUGAAUGUGUGAUAGUACCCGAAGAGAAGGUCAGGUUUAAGGACACAGGGAGGUUGAAGUUCAGUGGAGGACAUGGUACUCAUCACCGAAGAUCAUCAAAGCGACGAUCCAGGGUUUCGAAAAUAGCAAAAGAAAUAUGAUUUUAUUAAUUUUUUGAAAUACAGAAGAAAUAUGAACGGAUGCAUGGUGAGUGCUCAUACUUGUAGUAAAAAGCUUUGUAUAUGAAAGAUGUUACCGGGUGAGGGUUAUCAUGGUUUUACUUUUUCUUUUCUUAUUUUUUCAUUUUUAUUUAAAUUUUUAAAUCAUAAAAUGAAAUAUAUAAAUGAAUAAUUAUAUUGAAAAA